CCCCGCCGCUCCGCGCCUCCGGGGGCCGCCCAGAAGGGCCGGGAUGGCGGCGGCGGCGGCGGCGCUGGCGCUUUAGCCCGGCUGGGGCCGCCGCCGCACCGAGCGCGCCGCACGCGGGAUGCAGCCGGGGCGGCGCUGAGCCCGGCCGGCGCUGCUGGCUGGCGCGCUCGCGGGGAGCGGCCUCGCGCGCAUCCCCGGCCCGCCAUGGCCACCGACCUGGAGCCCGCGGCCGUGCAGCUGGAGGCGGACGAGGACGAGGAGCAGUGGCUCUACGGAGAUGACAAUGGUAAGCCAGAAGAUGGACCAAUAUCUGGGCACACCGACUCUCAUCCAUUACAAGACAUUCCUAAGGAGACCAGGAUUGUUAUCAGUGAAGACCAAGAACUGUUGCAGCAAACCAUCCCUAGCGGGGAAGACGAGGAGGAGGAGAGCGACAGUGACGAUGAUGACAUUCGAGUCACAAUCGGCAACAUCAAGACGGGCGCCCCAUCUUACAUGGCGACUCCGAUGAACCUGAAUCUAAAAAUGGGUCGAGGCUAUGGGGCCCCUGCAUCAGCCAAAUCGCAGCCGAAAGGUAUUGAUUUGGAGGCUUCGGGGAAUAUUAACGGCUUGCCGGUAAUCGAGGUGGAUUUAGAAUCAUUCGAAGACAAACCAUGGAGGAAACCAGGUGCUGACCUUUCCGAUUAUUUCAACUACGGAUUCAACGAGGAAACGUGGAAAGCCUAUUGUGAAAAACAGCGCCGGCUUCAACUUGGCUUGGAGCCUUCAGUCCCCGUCAGUACUGAAAAUAAGAUCACGGUUCAGCAAGGAAGAACAGGCAAUGCAGAGAAGGAACCCGAGAACAACGUCAUCAAAAUGGAUUUUAAAACGGAUUUUGUCGCUCUUGUUGGCGGAAGGAUAAAAGCCGGGCCUCCUCCGAACAGGAAGCUGGGUGGGACAAUCGAUGUGAUUGGUGGACAGGCUGGCACCAUCCGGAGGGUAGAGGGAAGGCGGCGUGACAAGCACGCGUCUGAUGAAAAUCCUAUUCAGGUACUUGGAGACCAUGGGAGCAAAACUCAGCCUGCUCAGCCUCCUCAGCAGCAGCCAUUUGUGCCCCCGACAGGCCCACCUCCAGCAUUGAGCGGACCUCCACCCCACUUUCUCCAUCCUCCUCCGCCACCAGCAGUUGCUUCUGUCCCACCACCCCUGCAUCCUCCAGGGCUGUUUCCUCCUCCUCUCGCUCCACCACCGGCUCUCCUGAUUCCAACACUUGAUGGCCAGCCUGCCAGCUACAGCAACCGGCAGCCACCUCCCUUUGGCUACAGUUCCACAGAUUCAGGUUUCAUCACCUACCCACCCAUUUCUACGUCUCACACUCCCUGGGUGACCACAGUGGAUAAGGCCUCCAGUGCUUCCGACAGCAGCCACUGGGAAUACUCUGGCUCAAGGAGGGAGAGGGAAAGAGACCGUGACCGGACACCUACCACAAGUGAAUACAACAAUGAUGAUGAGAGGUACCGUUACUAUAGCCGGGAACGCAAUUACGAUUUUGAGCGUGACUAUCGCAGGAGUAGAGAUCGCAGUCGUGAGCGCGAAGAUCGUCACCGGGAGAGGCGGCACAGGGACAAAGAAGAGGGCAGCAAACAUAAAUCAUCACGGCGCAAGCAGCAUGAAAGCGAAGAAGGGGAAAGCCACCGGCGACACAAGCACAAAAAGAACAAGCGCAACAAAGAGGAGAAGGAGGCCAGUGAGGACGGGGUCCCAGAAGGAAACGGACAGGAUACCAAGGAGUAGCGACUCUGCGCGCCGCAGACAAGCGUGGUGCCUCUACCGCCGGCUUUUCCAUUUUUGGCGAUCUUCUCUUUCCUGGGGGAACAGCUGAGACGACGGGGGCCCAAACACGAACACGGGUUGCCGACAUGAGAAGCCAAACUGCAGGACUUUGUGGGGAGGACUGAACCCAGCGAGCCUGGCACGGAGUUAUUCUACAUGCAGGCGAGCUCCAUCGUGUCAGAUCCUGUGGCUUCUGAUGGGAGACCGCUUCAGGAGAAACGAAUGCAUUUAGAGACUAGGACAAUACUUGGCAAUUUGUUUCCUUUUUUAAGAAGUAGGACAGCAACAACAACACGGAACUGUUUCGUUAAAAGAAGGAGGAAGUGUUAGGUCGUCCUCACAGCCAGAUAAUCUGGCUUCUGUAAGCUAGUCCCAUUUCUCCUUUGCCCAUUACUUAUGGCUAUGAGCACUGAAGUCAAGAAAGCUUGGUGGAAAGUCGCACAUCAGCCAGUGGAAAGCUCAACAGAUAGGCCCCACGGAACGGCCAGUUUCUUUGCGAAGUCUGUUUCUAUCUGGGCAUCUGGAGCCUUCCAGAUCAGAGAGUUUCAUUAUAACGAAGUUGAGUGGGCUUCGUCAUGAAAUGAAUAGGGCCACCCUUUCAAAGUCUGCCUUAAGUGGUUUGACACUUACUGUGGCUAUCGAGAGCCUCUUUUUUUUAACCAGACAAAAGUUAAAAGUUGACAGUUUAUCCUUAAGUCACUGACUCACUUUUUACAACUCUUAAAACACUAAAUGUAGACAUACGAUUCGUUGUUUCCUUUGGAAAAGAAAACAUCAGAUCCCCAAAGGUCAUGAUUCCUUCGUGCACAUCCAUCUUUACAUUAUCUUCCACCUGUGGGAACUGUUUCAAAACACUUCCUAAAAAUCAUUUCAAAUUUAUACUUUUUUUUGUAUUGUAGUUAUGCAAGUUUGAGUGUUUAUAUGGAACUAACAACCUUGGACACUUGAGCCAGGAUACCCAUUGUAUUUUGAUUUGUAUGCUAUGAUGGUGCAGUGAAUGGGUCAAUAACAGAAAACAUGUAGGAAAGAAGAAGAACUUUUUUUUUUGAAAAU